AUGAACAAUUUACCUCCGGAGAUCAUUGAUAACCACAUUCUUCCACUCCUUGACGGCGUUACCUUAACCGCCUUAUCCUCCGUCUCUUCCGAAUAUCGCCGCAUGAUCAUCAACAAGGACGAACUAUGGAAGAACAUUUGUGCUUCCACGUGGCCUUUCUCCCUGCCGGACAUUAACAGCUUCGUCUCUACCUUCCCUGGUGGUUACCGUUCCUUCUUCUCCGAUGUGUUCCCUUCCCUUCACUCUAGUAAUAAUAAUAACUCUCAGUCUCAGGUUCACUCUAUUGAUCAUCCUCCCAUGUGUAUCUUACACCUCAUUGAUAUGUAUCUAGAGGGAGAAUCACAUCCUAGGUUUUCAAUGAGUAAAUCAACUGUAGUCGAGUCGAACUCUAAUGCUCAUGGUUAUUGUGCCUUUCCGCAUCUGCUUCAUGUUUACAUCCCAGGAAACAAAGAACUGUGGAUGGACUACUUUCAAGAUAAUUUGAGGUUAAAUUGGAUUGUUAUCAACGAAACUCAAAACUGUGCGAGGAGUUUGUUUGGUCCUAGUUCUAAACCGGUUUCGAUUAAAAGAACAAGUAAUACUAUUGAGGUGGUGUGCGAGAAUGUGAUGCUGGGACAAUGCAAGGAUUAUACGGAGAUGGUGAAAUGUUAUAUGAAGGUGAAGAUCACCUGCAACUUGGACUCAAAUUAUAAUGGACGAAACAAGGGGCGCCUUGAGGUUGGAAUGGAGGACAUGAAUGGAAAGCGUGUAUUGGCGAGGCAUGCUAACAUGAUUAUCCUAAAUGCAAUUCUAAAUGGGGAGAGGAAGAAAUUUUGA